AUGGCGUUCCCCCGACGACCUUCGGCUGCCUUGCGCUAUGUAAUCCCAGCAUUCCUAUUCGCCUUCUGUUUCUGGUUGCUGGCCUCGCCCAGCGACCUCACUUCAGGCGUCAGCUCUAUCGCGAGCCCAUGGAGGAGCAAGCAAAGCCCAGGCAAACAUCCCAUUGACCGCCUGAUUGAAGCCGCCGAGAAGGAUUUCGCCGAGAAGCUCUCGAAAACGUCCCGAACACUCUCCGAAGCCGCUGCCCGUUACCGAGAACGGCGGGGCCGACAUCCCCCGCCUGGGUUCGACAGGUGGUACCAAUUCGCGAGGGAGAAGGAUGCGCUGAUCGUCGAAGACUUCUGGGACCAAAUCUACCACGACAUUGAGCCGUUCUGGGCGCUCAAACCGGCCCGCAUACGCAAGGAUGCCUGGGAUUUUGAGAUGCGCAUCAGCAUCCGCGACGGCAAGGCGUCGUCAGGGAGCGACUGGUUCUGGACCACCAUUUGGUUGGACCUGAUCGGCACCAUUGAACACAUGUUGCCGGAUAUGGAUCUUGCGCUGAACGCAAUGGACGAGCCGCGGUUGGUGGUUCCAUGGGAGGAUAUCAAUGGGUACAUGAAGAAGGCGGCUAAGACGAGGAGAAUGGCGGACGCUAAAAGCGUGGUAUCGGAGUUUGAAAAGCUAGCGGCGCCGGGUCAAGGGCUAGACCAACAUGAAAAGACACCCGAGAAGCAGUGGGAAGGCGAAAAACACUACUGGCUCAUUGCCCGUCGCGGCUGCGCACCCAGCAGCCCGGCGCGCAAAGCUGCUGUCAUCACCGAUUUCGACACAACGCCUCUGAUCAAAAGCAGCUUCGCACUCAAGCACAUGCGCGACGGUUUCGUCGCCAACUACACACUGAGCACCGACUUCUGCCAUCAGCCGGAUCAGCAAGGUCUAGAAGGCAUCUUUGUCGAGCCCUUGAGCGUCUCGGCCACCAAGGUUCUCUUCCCCAUGUUCGGCGGCUCCAAGCUCGCCGUCAACAACGAGAUCCUGCUCCCUGCGCCAAUGUACUGGAAAGAGGAAGAACGCUUCAUGGGCAGCGAAGGCGCCGACAUACCCUGGUCCGACAAGGAAGACAUGGCCAUCUGGCGCGGGGUGGCUACGGGCGGGCACAACCGGGAGCACACGUGGCGGGCCUUCCAGCGGCACCGAUUCGUGGCCAUGAACAACGCGACGCAGCUUGCCCUGGCGGAGAACGGCACCAGCGCGCCGCCCAACUUUGGCCUCCCGCCCAAAGAGUACCGCCUCGCGGCGCGGCGCCACAGCCGCCUCGCAGACUGGGUCGGUUCCUGGUCGUCCGUCGCGCUAACAGACCUUAUGUGCGACUACGAAGACCAUGAGCCAAACCAGUGCAAUUACACAAGCCCUUACUUCUCCGUUGUCCCCGGCAUGCCCAUGGCCGAACAGUUCCACUACAAGUACCUGCCCGACAUUGACGGCAACAGCUUCAGCGGCCGGUACCUCGGCUUUCUCCGGUCUACGAGCCUCCCCGUCAAGGCGACGCUGUGGCGUGAGUGGCACGACAGCAGGCUCAUUGCCUGGAAGCACUUUGUGCCCAUGGAUACCCGGUUCGGGGACUGGUAUGGGAUUAUGGAGUACUUUUUGGGCGACCAGAUGAGCGGCAUCCCGGCGCACGACGAGGCGGCUGAGAGGAUCGCGCUGGCGGGCAAGGAGUGGGCAGCAAGGGUGCUGAGGAAGGAGGACAUGCAGGUGUAUGUGCUCAGGUUGUUGCUUGAGUACGCCAGGGUGUCGGAUGAUAGACGGGAGAGCAUGGGCUGGGUGGGGGAUUUGCUCAAAGGGGAGACAUGA